AAAGUUGUCAGUAAUCUAAAUAGAUGUCUGAUAAACUGGUUGAAGAGUUUUCUGUUCUUUACAGGAACUGAGCUCAGAUUUAUCUUUGUAAACAGUAAGUUGUCCUCACUGGUGUCCUUCAUCGAUUUUCUGUUCUCAGUAAUCUUUCAGUGCUGCUGCAUUUCUCUGCUAAUUUUCAUUUUCUUUGCUUAGAUGGAACAUCCAACUUUUAAAAGGGCCCCUAACGGGACCCUCCUGCUGAAGGCCUCGCCAGAGGCUCAGGCUCUGGGGCCCCGGCAGGCCGGCUACAGGGCCAGACCAGCGGCCAGAGGUGGAGGAGGAGGCCCGGGCCCACGUCGUCUCCGAGGGUGGCGACGUCACCAACGCCACCCUGGUGCUGAGCCGGUGGAGGGUCCAGUUCGGCCGGUACCAGGGCCAGACCUUCCACUGGCUCCUGGAGAACGACGUGGGCUAUGCCGUUAAUCUGGUUUCCUCUCACCAGAAGGAGCGAGAGAGGACAGGGUCUCAGUCCCCGCUGAUGGCCAACAAGGAUGCCUUCACCCGGUACUCCUCAGACUACCAGGACUUUGUGGAAGCCGUUAGGUUCCACAAUGCGUUUGAGGAGGCCCGGGUGAAGUCCCUCCAGCCUGGGCAGGAGGGACAGGCCCUUGUUGGCUUCGGUGACUUCAAAUUUGAGACCCUGCAGAGCCUGUACGAGACUGAGGACCCCAAGAAGAUCCGAUUCGUCAACUACCUGAGGAGGAAGGCGCCAGCUCCAGGCACGCAGAUGGAGAACGCCGUCCGCUACGUCAGAAGCCGAGACAGACAGAGGAGGAACCCUGCUGCUGCUGCUGCUGCUGCUGCCACCACCACCGCUACCAGGACCUCCACCUCCUCCACCGUCAGCAGCAGCUCUGCCUCUGUCUCGGCUUCGACGCAGGGUCCCAGAGCUGCAUCCCAAUUUGCAGCCUUUGUCUCUGGCCGGCGUUCUCUCUCUGCGGUGGAAAUGCGGGCAAAGAUAAAGAAGCUGGUGGUGUCUAAGCCUGCAUUUCCAGCCUCCUCCAGACGAGCUCUUUCCUCAAAACCACCCGAGGACCCCACAGAUGAAGAGCUGGUCCAGGCAGUAGUUGACGUAGAGGAGUAAGAACUGGAAACCAAACACCUCAGCAGUACAGGCCCCUCUCUCACUCCUCCCUCCUCCUCCACCUCCUGUUACCUCCUCCCUGCCACGGGGGCAACAUGGAGAAACAGCAGGGCCAGAGGAGCCCACUGAUGAGGAGAUG